UCAAUAAAACCAUAACAAAUCAUUGUUUUCUUUUGUUAAAGAUCGACUUCUUCCGGUAGAAUUUACGAUAAAAUCCUAAUAAAUAAUUGUUCUUUAAUUUAAAAGUCAUGGAUAAUGCUACAAUAUUUGCUGCUUUAAAAUCGUACUUUAAAUUCGAGAAAUUUAAGUCUCAAUUGCAGGAGCAUGCUGUCCUCGAAAUUUGCCAGAGAAACCACGAUGUAUAUGUCUCCAUGCCCACAGGCUCUGGAAAGUCUCUGUGCUAUCAGUUACCAGCAGUUCUAUAUGAUACAAUGAUCACUAUUGUUUUUUCUCCUCUUCUUGCUCUGAUAAAGGAUCAAGUGGAUGCAUUAUUGGCCCUUAAAAUUCGAGCAGCCUCGCUAAAUUCCAAGAUAACCAAAACUGAAAGAGAGUCACUGAUUGCUGAUCUAAAAUCCACAUCGCCCAAUACCAGGCUAUUAUAUGUCACCCCAGAGCAGGCUGCUACCAAGACUUUCAAGGAACUUUUUGAUAACUUGUGCAAAUUCAACAAAAUUGCUUUUAUCGUGGUAGAUGAAGCGCACUGUGUAAGUGAAUGGGGUCAUGAUUUUCGCCCAGAUUAUCUCAAAUUGGGGACUCUUAGAGAGAACUGUAAAGUGCCCUGUCUAGCUCUCACUGCCACAGCUGGCAAACAAGUGACUAAAGACAUAAUUAGCAGCCUAAAACUAGCUCCAGAUCAUAAAGUUUUCAAAACAUCCUGCUUUCGAAGCAACCUGUUUUACGACGUGUUUUUUCCUAACAUAUUGCCGGAUCCUUUCAAGCAUCUGAAGCAAUUCAUAGAGACCACUCUGCAGUUUGAAAAGGAGAAGGAUCUACAAAACGACAAAAAGUCCUGCGGCAUUAUCUACUGCCGCACUAGAGAGCAAACGGAGGUGUUAGCAUCGAAGUUGAAUUCCAUGAAGAUUAAAAGUCUCUGUUAUCAUGCAGGGCUGAAGAAUCACGAACGAUUGGAGUUUCAGGAAAUGUGGCAGAAGGGCGAAGUUCCUGUGAUCUGUGCAACUAUAAGUUUCGGAAUGGGUGUGGAUAAAGCCAGCGUGAGGUUUGUAGUGCAUUGGGGCGUGCCCAAAGACCCAGCUUCAUUUUAUCAGGAAACUGGCAGAGCCGGAAGGGAUGGAAAGCCUUCUUGGUGUCGCGUAUAUUAUAAUCGAGCAGACUCCAAAGCGGUAGAAUUUCAUUUAUCCCAAGAUUUAGGAAAAGCCAGCGGUAAAGAAGCAAAGAAACUGAACGUGGAGAAUGCAGUGAAAGGGUUCAAAAAAGUUCUGGAAUAUUGCGAAAAUCCCUCUGAAUGUAGGCACGUAUUGUUUUCUAAUCACUUUGAAGAACCUCCUCCGAAAUGCAAGAAGAACUGCGAUUGGUGCAAAGAUAAAAAGUCUGUAAAGGAAAUGGUAGAAACGUUUUUAAUUAAGAGCGUACAGUAUAAUACUCACAUUAGUUCUUACAAUGACAUGGACUAUGGGGACUUAUAUGGAGAAGGUAGAAAGGGCAUUAACGAUGAAACCAGGGCGAGGAGCGGACAGGACAGUGAUAGUGAUGGCGAUGGUGCCUACUCGGCUAUGCAAAGAGAGCAGUUGGCCAAAAAAGCUUCCAACGAUUUUAUUCAAAAGCAGCUCGCUUUGAGGAGAAAUCCGCAGGAAGUUUCCCAUCAAACGAUAGAGAAACUGUUUUCAAAACAUGCCAGAGUUCAAGCGGCAGCCUCGUCGUCCAGCAAAGUCAAGGGUCUGACUUUAGGCAUAAGAGAGCAAUAUCUUUCAAAGAUACUGGACACUCUCUAUGCUAAUUAUACGGAAUGUGUUGCAGAUCAGUCGUUGGAUAAAAAAGAUAUCGAAGAUUGCAGCAUAGAGCUUGAGUAUGAGGUUUUUAGUUCCACUACAACAAUGACGAUCUAUAGAAAUGGAUUAGCUAAACUGAUAUCUAAUAUCAAGAAAUGUACAACGAACAAAUCGGUGUAUGAUAAACUCGAGAAUUUUCAGCCAAAACCGGCUAAAUACGAAACACUGACAGAUUUGUUCAGGAAUAUCCAGAAGGAGAAACAACUGGGCGGUAGCAAACCCCCAUUUAGAACUGCUAAAAGCUUGUUGAAUGAAGCUGCUUCCGGGCUGUGUACAUCUAGUCAGAAUCACACCGAACCGGACGUUCUUAAGGUAAACGAGCCACUUACUGAGAGCAUCCGUGUUCGCUCAAAUGUAGGCUUUCAAACUGCUGGCGAUUUAUUAAGACAACAAAGUGCCUCAAUCGAACUUAAAAAGGAGCUGCAAGAGAUAAUGAGUAAGCCGAAUAACCUAACGACAUUGUUUGGGGAGUCUGAUGAUGAGGCUGCCAGCCCUAAAAUGGAAAUGGACAAAUCAGAGCCAAAUAGAAGAAGUAGGGAACGCUCAAGUAGUACGCACAGGCAAGAUAGAAGAAAAGACGUUGAGCAUUCAAGAGAGGAUAGGGACCGGCAUACAGGAAGCAAGAGGAGAGAUAGAAGUCCAAAUGAUAGAAAAAAAGGCGAUAGGCACAGAGAAGAUAGAUAUAGCAGAAAUAAUACAGAAAGGAAAGGUCAUGAUAGAUCGAAAAGUGAGCAAAAGCGACGUCACAGUCCAGAAGCAGACCGCGAUGAGGACAGAAAAAGAAGGCCGCAGCACAGGGAAAGGGAAGACCGAUUGCAAGAAAAUCAUAACGAUAGAUUGGCUAGAGAAAACGGCAAACAUGACGCAGCAAAUAAUGGAAAAAUUGACGGAGAAUAUCCUGCUCAACCCAAUGAAGAACUACAUGAAAAUAGGUUAAACGAUAGAACUUACCAUCACGGUCCAGAUCACAACAGUCACAACCACAUCAAUAAAAAUGCAUCACCUGGAAUGAAAGACGGAGUCACAGUGGACGAAACAGCUGCUUCUAAAGUGAUAAAUACUAAUAUUGAUGAAAGUUUGACAAACGAGUUACCUGAUAAAAACAUGCUUGACAAUACUCCGAUAGCUAAAGAAAAUAAGGAGAUCGUUGCUAAUUCAGACCACACAUCAAAUAACGAUAUUUCGGAACUAGUUGAUAAGAACAGUAACCAGACUGUUAGUAAUAAAUCAACUCCUGUUAAAGAUGCCAGUCCGAAGUUGGUAAUACAGACUGAGCAAGAGCAGAAAGUUUCACAGCACAAUGGGCAAAGUACCAGUUCAAGUGCAGUUACGAAAAAGGAAAAACCCAAGUUACGGAAGACUGAGAUUGGUUUGUUGGUUGUGAAACUACUGACUCCAGCUUAUGUUGAUAAGAGAUUUGAGUCCAGAGACAUAUUCAAAUCAAUGGCCAGGAAAAUAUCGCAUUUUCUAGCUAAUAAAGAUGAGGAUGAAAUUAAGCAGUAUGUGAAGAGAUUCUUGAGUAGGAAUCUAGAAAUCACUUCCAAAACGACUAUUUAGUGUAGAAUGUGUGUUUAGUUUAUUCGUUUUUCUACUUUAAUUCCUUUCGAUGAAGGCAACAAGAAACCUUGGUUCAGUUUCAAACAUUUGAGUCUGAUUUCAAAGUGUUUUUGUGAAAAGGUGGCUCAGCAUUAUCUUCGACAGAAAAUUACUAUUUACAUGCCUCAUUUACGUGUUUUAAAAGCACAUCCUGUAAAAUAUUUAAUAACAAGUGUAUCAAUAUGCAUAAAAUGCCAUGUUAUAAUGGUUAUAAGUGAUAUGGUUUUUAUGGCGAGCUGAAACUAGUUUAUGGCCAAAUUAAACAAAAACAUGCUCCAUAGCUUUACCUUGUUUUGUACAUAAAAGUUGCUUUAGUAGAAUGGCAAUUAGUUAAAAGUUAACUAUGUAUUAUAUUAAAUGUAGAGUGUAAUUUAAUUUGAAAUGAAACAAUUUUCAGGUUUUAUUAAUAAUCCGUAGUUUGCGAAGCAAAUGUUUCGUCGCAUAUAUUUUGUUUGCUUAUCGCGGAAAGUAAGGCACGUUAGUGCCGUUAAGCCGUGAUUGUAUGAUUUUUAUAUUUAAUUUAGUGUGUUUUUGGGCGCUUUUCAAAUCAAUUCACACAAAUGUUAAGUUACAAUUGAAACAAAUGUGUCUUGUUAUAUCAAAGAAGGAAUGUAUUAAGUCCGAAUAAAAUAGUUAAGGUAAUGUAACUUAGGCAGAUAAAAUCGCGAAUAUUUAAUUUACUUUAUAUAAAGGAAGGCCAAUUGUUGCUUUGGAAAUCUACUAAUCAAUUGCCUACCUAAAAUACGCCUUUUUGACUUGAAGAAUGCGUACUUUUUUAUAGAAAAAAAACACCAUGGAAGCUUUAGAAAAGGGUUAAACCUCCAUGUACAGAGCGAUUUAAGUUCACCAAGAAUAGAUUAAACUACUGCUGACAGGGUGAUAAAUAUUAAAUUAUUUUCAGUAUAGUUCAUUAAUGUCACAAACAUUUAUAGCCAUAUUAUGAGCGUGUGAUAUGUGAAAAUUUAAUUCGGAGAGCAAAAUUUUCUACGCAAAACAAUCAUUAGUGAGUGAGACGCUCAAAUCUGGAAAUUAUUGAAUUAAAACUAAUGUUACCCUGAUCAGCGGGUUGCUUGCUAAUGCCAUUAAAGAUGCAUGCGGUUAAAGUGAUACACGUUGGUGAAGUUUGGGUCUCCCUGUAUAUUUGAGGAUUUUGAAAUUUUUCGAAAUUCAAAUUAUUUUGUUUAUUUGAAGCUUUUCAGGUAAACAGGAUCAUUCCUUUUUUAAGAAAGUGCAACGCUGUAUGUAAAUAUGUUCAUUUGUUAAAAGUGUGCUUCAGUUUAUACUUACUACGAUAGAUAUAUAAUCCUUACAUCACUAA